CUCUGCAGCUCUGCCAUGAGCAGACGCAGGCCGGCCCCGGGUUGCAAGGCUGCACCGAGCGCCGCGCAGCCGCGAGCUCUGGCCCUGGACGUGCUGGCACACGCCGCUGUCAGCCUCCUGCCUGCAGCACAGCGGCGCGCAGCAACUAUUUUUCCUUCAGGUCCUGGAACUUGGGAGCGCACGGGUCUCACCGCGGUACAACCUGCACGUUUCUCACGGACAGGCGGCGCAGCCCCAUCUCCCCGCGACGCCGAUACCGGCAGCCGCCCUCCCCGAGGAAGCAGCCCCGUCCGGAGCGGGGCGGCCGCCGUCCUCCCGCCGCCCCUCCCCUGGAGCGCAGCGGGGCAGCGCCGGCCGCGCGGUGGAGCUGAGCGCCCCCCCGCCACAUGGCGCGGGAGGAGCCGCCCGGCGUCGGGCGCAGGCGCCGCAGCGUUCGGUCGCGCCAUGUCCCGUGGGCGGACGGCGCUCGGCGCCAUCGCCUGGCUCUGCCUGCUGGUCGCGGCGGCCGACGGGCUGAGGAGGAGGGGACCCAGCGUGACGGCCAAGGUGUUCUUUGACGUGAAGAUUGGAGACAGAGAUGUUGGCAGAAUUACAAUUGGGUUAUUUGGAAAGGUUGUCCCAAAAACGGUGGAGAACUUCAUUGUGCUGGCAACUGGAGAAAGAGGAUAUGGAUACAAAGGAAGUAAAUUUCAUCGUGUGAUCAAAGACUUCAUGAUUCAAGGAGGGGAUUUUACAGCUGGAGAUGGAUCAGGAGGAAGAAGCAUUUAUGGAGAAAGGUUUCCAGACGAGAACUUCAAGCUCAAACAUUAUGGAAUUGGAUGGGUUAGCAUGGCUAAUUCUGGCCCAGACAGCAAUGGCUCCCAGUUCUUUAUCAGUGUGACAAAACCUUCCUGGUUAGAUGGAAAACAUGUAGUAUUUGGCAAAGUCCUUGAUGGAAUGUCUGUGGUGCACUUGAUAGAGCUUCAGCAGACGGAUGAACAUGACCGCCCUCUUCAUGACUGCGUGAUCGUGAACAGUGGCAAAAUAGCUGUAAAGGAACCAUUCGUAGUGGAAGUAGAUGACUGGUGAGAACAGUGCUCAGUGUGCAAAGUACAGUGUAAUCCUUCGAGGUCUAAGUUUUUUGACUGAUCUCAAUCGUCUAUUGAGUUUUCUCCUUAAAACACAUUAAGCUAUAUGCAGGUGAUGCUCCUAAGUUGCCAGCUACAUAAAGAUAGUGCUGUGUGUAACAGCUGGAUGGAGCAGUCAGGCCUUAGAACUCAGGACAAGGCCUGCACAUUCCUAGAGCUUACUGAAAAUCUCUCAUGAAAGAGUGUAGAAGUACUUCCUUUUUUCAAGGCAUGAAAUAGUCAUUUUGUAUUCUUUGGAAAUUUUCACAAUAUUUGUUACUGCCUUUUAACUGAAAAUGUUAUUUUCUGUAGAAGUAUCUGCUUCUUUUAAAUACGUGUCUCUGGGGAAAAAAGGUAAAAUACAGACAUGUUUUGAAUAAAAAACUUUGAUUUCAGAUAA